AUGGGCGACAUACCAGACUCAAGCUUCAGCAACAGCGUCUACAGCUUCCUCUACUCGAGGCAAGCUUAUUCUCAGCAGAUCGUAGUUCGCCCCUCCCGUUGGGGCGAGCAGUCCUCUACCGCGCUCCGCGAGGACGUGCAGAACUUCGACCGGGACAUCGACGCGACAUUUGAAGACGCUCCCCCGGAAACGAUCAACCCUGCCCUCCUGCUCCCCAUGGCGUCUCAGCAGUUCCCAGUCUACUACCCGCCGACGUCGCCCUCGACCGACACGGCAACGGUAUCGUCUACGACAUCCUGGUGCUUCAGUGAGGUUUCCUCUCCUCCCACGUCCCCCGAGUAUACCCCUGGCGAGGAUUCGUGCGUGGAUUCGCAGCAAACCGAGCUCUCCGUCGACUUCAGCCAGCAGCUCAGCGAGGAGCAGCUCCAGCAAUUCGUCCGCGACCUCUUUGGGGACAGCCCGGUCGGCACGAACACCCUUGACACUGGUACGCCUUCGUUCGCCUUACCACAGCCCGCGACAGCACCUGCGUAUCCAAUCGUCGACACUCGCCAUGAGCAACCGCAACAGCAGCUCCCCGGGGCAGCUGUCGCGGAUGUUCUUGGUGCGGGGGCGGGCAUGCAGGUGACCGCGUUCGACCCCAACCUUACGGGCGCUUGGCGCGCAGGGGGCCAAUAUUCUCUUGCCGUCGAGCAAACGCCCUCGACGUACCCCUGCGCACCUGUGGAACCGGUGAAGCAUGCGCCAUACAGCCACGCUAAGGCGGCGCGUUCUCCGCGAAAGGCGUCGACCAAGAAGGACCUUGAGGAGAAGCCGCUGAAGUGGCUGCCCUGUCCUAGACCGGGUUGCACAAGCGGUGCGUCUGACAUCUUGCUUUGGGUCUCUGGUAGCCCUUAA